UCCUGCCCCUCUCUCUCUCUCUCCUGCCCCUCUCUCUCUCUCUCUUGCCCCUCUCUCUCCUGCCCCUCUCUCUCUCUCCUGCCUCUCUCUCUCUCUCCUGCCUCUCUCUCUCUCCUGCCUCUCUCUCUCUCUCUCCUGCCUCUCUCUCUCUCCUGCCUCUCUCUCUCUCUCUCUUGCCUCUCAACAAACCUCCAUCUGGAAACAUGGUGUCGUGGAUGAUCUCCAGAAGCGUUGUGCUCGUCUUCGGGACCCUGUAUCCUGCAUACUAUUCCUACAAAGCAGUGAAAACCAAAAAUGUCAAGGAAUAUGUCCGCUGGAUGAUGUACUGGAUUGUGUUUGCUCUCUACACCGUAGUGGAGACCAUCACAGACCUCACUGUAGCCUGGUUCCCUCUGUACUAUGAGAUAAAGAUAGCGUUUGUUAUCUGGUUGCUGUCUCCCUACACCAGAGGAGCUAGUCUCAUCUACAGGAAGUGUCUCCAUCCUCUACUGUCCUCAAGAGAGAGGGAGAUAGACGAGUACAUUGUCCAGGCCAAGGAGCGUAGUUACGAGACCAUGGUGACCUUCGGCAAGCAGGGCCUCAGUAUAGCUGCUACUGCAGCUGUCUCCGCAGCUGUCAAGGGCCAGGGAGCGAUCUCAGAGAAGCUGAGGAGCUUCAGUAUGCACGACCUGACUCAGAUACCCCUCGACGACGCAGCAGCCAAUCAGAUCUAUACAGCCCAUGCCGGCAACCCUGCCGUGAGCAGGAGGGCACUCGCCGCAAACUUGACCGACAGAACAGAGUACUAUGAGCAGGAGGACAGGACAGACGAGGAGGGGGAGCAACUUUUCUCAGAGGACGAGGCUGUCACCCAGAGAGGUCUGAGGAGGUCCCAGAGUGUCAAGAUCACACGCUCUAAAGCCCGCAAAGAUGCCCGUUAUGGAUCUCUGAAGAUCAAAGGGAAGCGGAGACCGGUUCUGACUGCUGCGACCUACAGUCCAAUGUAAUGAACACUCCAGGAGAAGUGAACGCUGACUGAAUACCAUGGAUGGGUUUUUCCCUUCUAUAGUGCACUGCUGUUGACCAGAGCACUAUUGGGGGCCCUGGCCAAAAGUAGUGCACUAUUGGGGACCCUGGCCAAAAGUAGUGCACUAUUGGGGACCCUGGCCAAAAGUAGUGCACUAUUGGGGACCCUGGCCAAAAGUAGUGCACUAUUGCGGGCCCUGGUCAAAAGUAGUGCACUAUUGCGGGCCCUGGUCAAAAGUAGUGCACUAUUGGGGCCCUGGCCAACAGUAGUGCACUAGAAAGGGAAUAGGCUUUUGGGACGGACCACGAAAUCAGUCAACGAUUCAGGAAGGGCUAGAGACGGCUCAGACAUCCAUAUUAGUGACUGGCUACUGACAUGUUAGGCCAUCCGUUCUAUGGAGAACGAUGCUGUUGAACUGUUCUCCAGGUGUUUUUUUUAUAAACUGUCCUGGGGUCUGUUCUCUUCAUGCUGGGGAGCAUCUGUCCUUUUUAAUUAACCAUUAACUCGCUAUAUUUAUUACUUUAUUCUGACUCUCUCUCUGUGUGUGGUGUGUGUGUGUGUGUGUGUGUGUGUGUGUGUGUGUGUGUGUGUGUGUGUGUGUGUGUGUGUGUGUGUGUUUAAAAGCAUUGUACAGCGGUAGCUGUAUAGGAAGAAUCUUAAGGUUUCCUGUCUUUUUUUAGUUAGAAGUGUUUUUUUGUUGCAUGGAUCUUAUUUUCUGGAAUAGUAGUUUUUAGUUGCGGAUGUGGACUUUAUAUUAUCUUUACUUUUUUCUUUAAAGGGUUAUAUAAUUCAUUUAGCUUCAUUUUGUCAUAUAUGCUGCCUUGCAGAUGUUGUAUUUUGCGUUUAGCCUAUUAAAUAGUCGAAUUACAUUAUAAUUAUAGUAGUGAUCAUUUUGGCACACUUGAAAAGAUUGUUACAAAGUAACAGCCGACCAAAAGUGUCCCUUUAUUCCUUCAGGAGGAACAUACCAAGGGUGGAGGGAGGGAACAGAGAAUCCUGUUAUUAGGUGUGUGUGUCCCAAAUGGCAUCAUUUCCUAUACAGUGCACUACUACCCUAUGGGCCCUGGUCUAAAGUAGUGCACCAAGUAGAGAAUCGGGGUGCCAUUAGGGAUGCAAACCCCAAUGUUGAGGUAUGUUUGUGUUGACCGUAACUGGCCUGUCCAAUUUGAAUGACUGCAUUUCCUGUUUUUUAGAUUUGAAUCUAAGCUCUUUUUUUUUUUUUUUUUUUCAUAACCAAUCUUUUGCACAGUCUUCCAAAAACGAUGUCGUUUUGUAAUGCUUUGAUGUCAUCUCGGAAUGUAUCCAGCUGCACUCUGGGAUGCUUUUAACCACGUGGUGAAACGUAUUUAAUACCAAAGCUUUAUCUACUAAACCCGGUGACUUGGGUCUGAUUUUCGUGUGGGAUUGUAUCAUAAGGGUGCUGUAAAUAAAUGUAUAAAUUCAACAACAA